AUGCAACUGCUAAAUCAUCAUCAAAAACCUUGUAAUACUUUUAGUUUUGGCUUAGCCAUCAUUAUUCUUGCUGACUUUUUUUUCGAAAGUAUAUUAGCUGAAUAUGAUUGUUCAGCCAAAGAUGAUGGUUGGUAUUAUGAUCCCGAAUUUUGUCAUAUCUAUUGGCGAUGUAUACAUGGAACAUCAGAAGAAUUUGAAUGUGCUAGUGGUACAGCAUGGGAUCAUCAUGAUAAUCGUUGUAAUUGGCUUGAUAGUGUCGAUUGUUCACGUGCUGAAAAAACAACAGCAAAGGCAAUAUCAUCAGAGGAGGAUCCACAAGAUUAUCCAGUAGGCAAUAGUGAUGAAAAUAAUGAUCGACCUACUGUUGUUAAAAAGAAAAAAUCUAGAAAAAUAAAUCCAAAAAAAAAGAAGCUUCCUAAUAGUAAAGAAGAUGAUCCAAACGGCGAUGAUCGUGAGCUUUCAAUUUUGUAUAUUAUUUUUCUUCUAAUUAUUUUUCAAACAAAAUCAUCUACUGAUUUUCUUUGUGCUGGUGGUGAUGGAUUUUUUGCACAUCCUGAAUAUUGCACGAGAUAUUAUCGAUGUUCGCAUGGAAUUGAUGAAAUGUUUGAAUGUCCAAAAGGCACUGCAUGGGAUGAAAUAACAAAAUCAUGUGCAUGGGUUGAUGAAGUGAAUUGCGAUAAAAAAAAAUUAGGAUAUUCAACAAAUACAACAACAUCACGUAAAACAUCUGAUACGAAUUCUGUCUCUUCAAAUCGAAAAAUAGUUUCAACUAUUUCAAUAGUAGAUGGUAAAGAUGAAAAUAAAGGUUCACCAGCUAUUGAAUGUCAACCAACUGGAAUUUAUUCAUUAGCUGAUCCUAAUGAAUGUAAUAGCUAUUAUCAAUGUGACAAAGGUAUACGAACAAAAAUAACAUGUCCGGAUAAUACAUUAUAUGAUACUGAAAAAUAUGAAUGUAAAGAAUCUGAACGAGUUAAUUGUGGAGCAAGAUCACUUUCUUUAAGUAAUAAAAAUCAAUGUAAGAAUUUCUUUCUUUUUAUUCAUAUCAAAAGAGAUUUUAAUCAUACAACCGUAGGUAUCGGCAAACGUGAUGGUAUUUAUCCGGAUAUAGAACGCGAUUGUCAUUUUUAUUUUCAAUGUACUACACAAAAGAAAAUGCGUGAAGCUAAAUGUGCAGAUGAUCAAAAAUUUAGUAGUUAUACUACAAAAUGUGGUCCAGCAGGUAAUGCUCCAGCUCCAUGUGGUUCAUUUAUUGCUGGAAAUUCUGCAACAAAAAUAAUAAAACAAACAAAUUCGAUAAGAAAUAGUUCUUAUUAUCAAUCGACCACACUUCCUACAACUAAACUUUCUCAAUCUCUUAUAACAAAACCAAAUUCUUAUUUAUAUAAUCCUAAUGAUGAUGAUGAUGAUGAUGAUAUUUUAUUAAAUCGAAUUAAACGAGAUUCAACUCCAUUUGUUUGUAAAGCGGACGGUUAUUAUCCCGAUCGACAAAAUUGUCGAAUCUAUCAUAUAUGUACAUCAGGUGUUGAUACAGCUGCUGUUUGCGGCGAAGGUACAGUAUGGGAUCCAGCAAAGAAAAUUUGUGGAUGGGCUGAUACAAUUCAAUGUAAAAAAGGUCUUCGUAAAUGGAAUGAAAUAACAGAUAUUCGAGGCGUUACUCUAUUUGUUACUGAUCCUAACGUUGGUUGGCGAGGAAAACGAAAUACAACAACAACUCGUCCACCAAUUAAAGUUGAUUCAAAUUUUUCAUGUGAAUAUGAUGCUGAAGGAAAUUUUCCCGAUCCAAAAUAUUGUCAUAUCUAUCAUCGUUGUGGUAUUGGAUUUCAUAUAGUACAAGAAUGUGGUACUAAUCUAUGGUAUUCAACAAUAUCAGAAGGAUGUGAUUGGCCAGAAAAAUCAGAUUGUAAAGCUGGUCAUUUGAAUACAUCAUCAACUACAGCAACAGAUACGAAUGGAGGUACCGAUAAACCCCCUCCAGGCUCAAACCAACCACACCCUCCUAUUGAAUGUCCACGAGAUGCUCAAGGACAUUUUGUUCAAGGACAUUUUCCUGAUCCGUAUGAUUGCUCUGUUUAUCAUUAUUGUAAUGGUGGUGUUGAUAAAAUAGCCUCUUGUGACCCUGGACUUUUUUGGGAUAAAAAACAUGGUUGUCAAUGGCCAAAAGAUGUUCCUAAUUGUCAACAUAAAUGUCCAGUUGAUGGUCAACGAAUACAUUUAGUUGAUACAUCUAGUUGUUGUCAUUACUAUGAAUGUAUCAAUGGUCAUUUAAAAACACAAGUUUGUCCAUUACAUAAACUUUAUUCUGUUGCAAGUAAACGUUGUGAAAAUUUUCAAGUUGUUACUUGUGGUUCAAGAAAGAAUUGCAUUGAUCCUUGCGACUAUGAUUAUUCACCAUUAUGUCCAUUUCAUCCUGUUUGUCGAGGUAUGCCAAAUGGUAACUAUAUAGAUGAAUAUCGACCUCAUUGUAGAUGGCAUUAUACAUGUCUUGAAGAUCGUACAUUCAAUUAUACCGCUUGUGACGAGGGUCUUCGUUAUUCUAUUCAACAUCAAAGAUGUUUACCUGCCAAACUCGUUAGAUGCUUAGGACUUAUAUUAACUCCUCAUUUUUCCUUAAAGAUUUUCUUUAUUAUCAUAUUCUUUAGAAAAUAUAUUUAUAUAUGA